AUGUUUUUUUUUGGAAAUAAAUUUUAUGUUAUUUUUAUAUCAAUAUGGAUUAUAGCACUUUACUUUAUUGUAACAACAUUUCAUUCUAUAUCGAAUAAUGACAAAUCAUCUGAAAAACGAAUAGAAUUUUUACAGAAUGAACUUAAUUUACUUCGACAAAAUUAUCGUGAAACUCAAUCAAAUACAUCUAGUACUCAUUAUCAAUGGGAAGAACUCAAACACGAACUUACACGUGUUAAACGUCAGUUGAUAGAUAAAAGUGGUGCUAAAACGAUACCAAAACAGGCACCUUCUUUGGAAUAUGAACAAUUACGACGAAAAAUCGAAACACAAGCACGUGAAUUAUCUUAUUUUACUAAUAAUGAAUUACAAAAAAUUUCCGAAAAAUUAUCCGAAAAUGACAAAUUCAAAUGGAAACAAGUUAUUGAAAGAUUCAAUGAUCAAAGUAGAGUACUUUUAGCUUCUAUUAGAAAUUUAACGAAUGUAGAUGGAUAUCAAUCAUGGCGUGAAUAUGAACAUAAAGCUCUUUCAAAAUUGAUGCAAACAAGAUUAAAUUAUUUACAAAAUCCAUCGAAACCAUGUACAGAUGUUAAACGUCUUAUAUGUAAGAUUAACAAAGAUUGUGGUUAUGGAUGUCAAAUUCAUCAUGUUAUGCAUUGUUUUCAUAUUGCAUAUGCACUUGGAAGACCAAUGAUUUUGUUUUCUGAAGGAUGGCAAUAUAAUCGCGGUGGAUUUGAUCAAAUAUUUCAAUCUCUAAGUCACACUUGUAAUACAUCUAUGGUUUAUAAUGUAUCAAUUUGGGAUCAAAAUGAAAUAGCUGAUGUUAUUGAAAUUCCAUCUGCUGAUUUUCUUAAGUCAUUGAAAGAUUUUAUGCCAAUGGCAAUUCCUGAAGAUCUAUCUGAACGACUUAUUCGUUUACAUGGUAAUCCAUUUGUUUGGUUUACUGGACAAUUAAUGAAAUAUUUAUUACGACCACAAGCAUGGUUAACUCAAUUCUUGGAAGAAAAGUAUAAUACACUUAAAUUCGAAACACCUAUAGUUGGAAUUCAUGUACGACGAACAGAUAAAGUUGGAACAGAAGCAGCAUUUCAUGAUAUAUCAGAAUAUAUGAAAUAUGUUGAAGAUUAUUAUAUUAUUUAUAAAUAUCAAAAUCCAAAUAUAAAUGUUAGUAAACGUGUUUAUAUAGCAACGGAUGAGCCAUUGGUUUUUGAUGAUGCUCGUACAAAAUAUCCAGAUUAUAUAUUUUAUGGUGAUAAAUCUGUAGCAAAAUCUGCUCAAGUAAAUUCGAGAUAUGGUACAGAAUCACUUAAAGGUGUUUUAAGUGAUGUGCAUUUUCUUUCAUUAUGUGAUUAUCUUGUUUGUACAUUUUCAUCUCAGAUCUGUCGUAUUGCUUAUGAAACCAUGCAACAACGAACUAUUGAUGGUGCAUGGCGUGUACAAUCACUUGAUGAUGUUUAUUAUUUUGGUGGUCAACAUGAUCAUCAACAACGCGCUCUUAUAUCUCAUAAAGCUGUUAAACCGAAGGAAUUUAGUUUUGAACGUGGUGCUAUUAUUAGUGCAGAAGGUAAUCAUUGGAAUGGAUUUUCAAAAGGAUCAGAUAAAACUAAUAAUCAAUCAGGUCUUUAUCCAUCAUAUAAAACCGAAGAAAUUGUUCGAAUUGCACAAAUGUACCAUUAUUCGGAAGUAUAA